GUCGUCCGCUGACGCCGUCAAGCGCGCCAUGUGCGCGAAGCCGCGUGAAGGCACAUGGCCCUCUGGCUCCUCUCCCCAUCUCAAAAAGACCUCUGUCUGCUGUCACAUCCGCGGCGAAAUUUACUCUCGUGCAUACCGAAGCUCGGUCGCACAUCUCUCGUGGCUCCGUUUGAAGAUCCAUCUCGGCUCCUCGGCAUUGGUGUUCACGGAGAGGAGGAGGAGGAGGAGGAAAUGGAAGGAAGCCGCGCCGCAUGAUCUCGAGGGUUGGACUGGAACAGCUCUAAAUCCGCUCGCUGGUAUCGGAAAGCUGGUGGUGGCAGCCAGCCUCAUCUCAUUCCCCAGGCUGGAAAGCAGCUGUUUUGGGUCUCACAACAGCCUUGGCAGAUCCUUAUGGUGGGCUCAUUCAGCUCAAAAUCCCGUCUUUGUCCAUCCUCGGAGCACUGCCCGAGUUCCGAUCUUGGAGUGGGAAGGGGGUGUGUCUGAGUUCCGGAGGUGAAGUCCCUAUCUAGGUUUAUCUCCUUACUCUUCUCUGGUUUUGUUUUCCUAGACCAAGGGCUCCGCUCUUGUAGAUCUCAGUUCUUUCAUGAUUUAGAGUACUUAUCCUUUUCCCUUGGUCUGUCAGCGCAAUCAGAAACUGAGGAGAAAUAGUUUAGGAGCUCAGAAAGUAAAGAUCAGUAGAAUGUGCUAAUCUUGAUCUGCAAGUUAUGGACUUUCGUUGCUUAGGUCUCAAGAAUGUGAUCCACAAGUUUCGAGUUGGGAAUUUGGUGAUCUGAUUUCUCCUUUUGGAAUUUAAAGUGCUGGAGAUACUCAUCUCAUAAUCUCACUGUGCAUGCAUCUGGCUGUGUUAGGAGUUGAGGAUGGGGAAUCUGGAAAUGAUGAGGUUGAUCUAUUUGUUCUUCUCUGUUUUAUUCCCUGCCUUGAUUCUUGAGAGUUCCUCUGCUGCAUUCACUCCCGCAGACAACUAUCUCCUCGCCUGCGGAUCUUCCCAGGAUGUGUCGGUCCAAGGCCAGCUUUUCGUUCCUGAUUCGCAGCAGUCCUCGUUUUCUCUAAGAACUUCCGGAGAUGGAACCUUUUCCGCCUCCAAUUCUGCUCUCCCAUCCCCUGUGUACCAAUCCCUUCGAAUCUUUCAGGAACUUGCCCACUAUAGUUUCGAUAUCCGGCAAGAGGGCCGCCACUGGAUCCGUCUCUACUUCUAUCCCGCUCCCAAUUCUGGCCAUGACUUGAGCUCUGCUCCUUUGACCGUCGUGACAGAUGAGUUCGUCCUCAUGAAUAACUUCACCUUCAAGAACUCCAACCGUACUUACCUGUUCAAAGAGUACUUGGUGAACGUGACCUCUGAUUCCUUGGUCCUCACCUUUAUCCCGUCAAACGGCUCCGUUUCAUUUGUUAAUGGGAUCGAAGUCAUCUCGGUUCCUGACGGGCUGAUCUAUGACCAGGCUCUUGCUAUACCUAAUGCCCCUUUCAGUGGUCUUUCGGUGCUCGGUCUCGAGACCAUGUAUCGCUUGAAUAUGGGUGGUCCUCUGCUCACACCACAGAAUGAUUCUCUUGGGAGGACUUGGGAAAAUGAUGCCAAGUUCCUUCACGUAAACAGCUCUGCGGUGAAGGUGUCGGUGGAUCUGGCAACUAUAACUUACCCUGACGGAAUCACCAUUGAGACAGCACCAAGGUGGGUUUAUUCCACCGCGGAAGCAAUGGAAGACGCAAACGUGACGGAUUUAAAUUUCAACAUCACCUGGGUCUUCUCAGUGGAUCCAAGCUUCCUUUACCUGAUCCGUCUCCAUUUCUGUGAUAUCGUUAGUAAGGCUCUGAACACGCUCGUCUUCAAUGUUUAUGUCAAUUCUGACAUUGCCAUCGCCAGUUUGGAUCUGUCAUCGCUCAAGGGUGAGUUGGCUGUACCCUACUACAAGGAUUUUGUUUCAAGCUCCUCAAAUGGUUCGAACACACUGUCUGUUAGUGUCGGUCCAGAUACGAUGGCUGAUUUCAGCAAUGCUAUAUUGAAUGGGUUGGAGAUCAUGAAGAUUAGCAACGAUGCAAAAAGCUUGGAUGGAGUCUAUGCUGUGAAAGACCUUCUGCCCGAGUCACCCUCGGGGAGGAAUAAAUUGGGAAUAGUAAUUGGAAUAGUCUUGGGAUCAUUGGUUGUCAUCGCAUUGGCAACUUUGAGCUACUGCUGUUUUGUUGUUCGCAAGAGAAAAACUAGGCCCCAUGACCAUCCAUGGUUACCGCUACCCUUCUACGGGAACUCCCACACCAUCAGCAAAGUGUCAACAACUUCUCAGAAGAGCGGAACAGCAAGCUGCAUAUCUUUGGCCUCGACAAACCUUGGACGUGUUUUCAUGUUCCAAGAGAUCCUGGAUGCCACCAACAAGUUUGACGAGAGCUUGCUUCUUGGAGUGGGUGGGUUUGGAAAAGUCUACAAGGGCACACUAGACGAUAGCACUAAAGUCGCUGUCAAGCGAGGGAAUCCGAGGUCCGAGCAAGGGCUAGCUGAAUUCCAGACUGAGAUCGAGAUGUUAUCCAAGCUCCGCCAUCGCCAUCUGGUCUCGCUCAUAGGCUACUGUGAUGAGCGUUCUGAGAUGAUUUUGGUCUACGAAUACAUGGCGAAUGGGCCUCUAAGGAGCCAUCUAUAUGGUACCAACCUUCCAUCUCUGUCAUGGAGACAGCGCCUUGAGAUCUGCAUCGGUGCUUCAAGGGGAUUGCAUUACCUUCACACCGGUGCAGCACAGAGCAUCAUCCACCGUGACGUGAAGACCACCAACAUUCUUUUAGAUGAGAACUUCGUUGCUAAGGUGGCAGACUUCGGCCUUUCAAAGACUGGUCCUGCCUUGGAUCAGACCCAUGUUAGCACUGCGGUGAAAGGGAGCUUUGGAUAUCUCGAUCCUGAGUACUUCAGGAGGCAGCAGCUGACUGAGAAGUCUGAUGUCUACUCCUUUGGUGUUGUAUUGAUGGAAGUUCUCUGUGCAAGGCCAGCUCUCAACCCUGUGCUCCCCAGAGAGCAGGUGAACAUUGCGGAGUGGGCAAUGAGCUGGCAGAAGAAGGGCAUGCUGGAAAGAAUUGUAGAUCCAGCAUUGGUGGGGAAAAUUCAUCCAGGUUCCCUUAGGAAAUAUGGUGACACGGCUGAAAAAUGCCUGGCAGAACAGGGAGUUGACAGGCCGACAAUGGGAGAUGUUCUAUGGAACCUUGAGUAUGCUCUCCAGCUUGAGGAGACUUCAUCGCUUGCCGACCCAUAUGAGAACAGCAUAAGGAGUAUCUCUGGUAUCAUGUUGCCGCAGAUGGAACCUCUGGACAGCAGCAUUAGCGUAGUCGAGGGAGUAAACACCAGUACUGACGACGACGCAGAAGAUGCUACAACAAGCGCGGUAUUCUCUCAACUUGUAAACCCUCGAGGAAGAUAAGGUCAAAUCAGAUUGUUGCUUCAGAAUUUGCUGCAGGUAUGUGCAAAUGAAAGAUUACUUUCUAUGACUGUGAGUUCUUGUGUUUCAAUUUAUAACAUAUGCCAAUUUGAUGAGGCUACGCCGCAACGACUUAGGGCUAGAUAUCUUCAGUUGUAAGCUGGGUGCCUUCAGCUUGUGAAAUAUCCAUGAUUAAUAUCCAAUGAUAAUAAAUGAUUGAAACAAGCUUCUUUUUUUUUUA